GGAGGAGGAGGGCGACUACGAUGCGGCGUUCGACGCAUGCGUGUUCGGAAAGGGGGUUCUACGCUUUCUGUAGGUCACCUGUGUACGAUGUCUAAGGAGAAAGUAGAGCUUCCAGGCCCACCCACAUCAAAAUGCAUUCUGUAUUGGAAAAGGAAGGUCAAGUCAGAAUACAUGCGUCUUAGGCAACUCAAGAGACUUCAGGCAAACAUGGGAGCUAAGGCUUUAUUUGUGUCUAACUACACAAAGAUUCAGGAAAAGAUAAAUAUCCUAAAUGAUGACUGGAAGAAGCUUAGAGUUCAGCCUAUUCAGUCUAUGAAGUUGGUUGGAGGAAACCCUUUUCUCAAACAGUGCACAGUCGAGAGCAUCUUCCCCACUUUGAGUACCCAGACUUUGUUCAUGCGGACUCUAAACACUGUAGCCCUGGUGCCUAUCAUGUAUUCCUGGUCUCCACUCCAGCAGAACUUCAUGGUGGAGGAUGAAACCGUUUUGUGCAACAUCCCUUAUAUGGGAGAUGAGGUAAAAGAAGAGGAUGAAACCUUCAUCGAGGAGCUCAUUAACAACUAUGAUGGCAAAGUCCAUGGAGAAGAAGAGAUGCUCCCAGGUUCUGUCCUGAUCAGUGAUGCUGUUUUCCUGGAGCUGGUAGAUGCAUUAAACCAGUACUCUGAGGAGGAAGAUGAUGGGCAUGAUACUGUAGAAGGCAAACAAGAAGCUGUGAAGGAUGAGCUGCCUGUCACCCGGAAGAGGAAACGCCUUACCUUGGAAAGUAACAAGAAAUGUUCAAAGAAGCACUUUCCAAAUGACAUGAUCUUUACUGCCCUUUCAUCAAUGUUCCCUGAGAAUGGCUUUCCAGAGGAUAUGAAAGAAAGAUACAGGGAGCUGACAGAAGAAUCUGACAUGAAUGUGCUCCCUCCCCAGUGCACACCUAAUAUUGAUGGGCCGUGUGCCAAAUCUGUUCAGCGUGAGCAGGCUCUGCAUUCCUUUCACACACUUUUUUGCAGGCGCUGUUUCAAGUAUGACUGUUUCCUCCAUCCUUUUCAUGCAACCCCCAAUGUUUAUAAGCGGAAGAACAGGGAGACCAAAAUUGAGAUGGAGCCUUGUGGACCAGACUGCUUCUUGUGGUUGGAGGGAGCCAAAGAGUUUGCCAUACUGCAUAACCCUCGGUCAAAGUGCUCUGGACGGCGUCGGCGCAGGCACCCCACUGUCAAUGCCACCACCUCCACUAGUGCUUCAGCCUCUACAAGUGCUGAAGCAAAAGAAGGCGAUAGUGACAGAGAUACAGGCAAUGACUGGGCUUCCAGUUCCUCAGAGGCAAACUCACGUUGCCAAACUCCAACCAAGCCGAAGCUGAGCCCAUCCUCUUCCCAGCCCUUCAUGUCUGAUGUGCCUCUGGAACCUGUGGAGUGGUCAGGGGCAGAGGAGUCCCUCUUCCGUGUUUUCCACGGAACUUACUUCAAUAACUUCUGUUCCAUUGCUCGGCUUCUGGGAACCAAGACAUGCAAGCAGGUCUUUCAGUUUGCUGUAAAGGAAUCCUUGAUAACAAAGCUACCAGUUAAUGAGCUCUUGAAUCCCUCCCAGAAAAAGAAAAGGAAGCACAGGCUCUGGGCUGCUCACUGCAGGAAGAUCCAGCUUAAGAAAGACAAUUCAUCCACUCAAGUGUACAACUACCAGCCCUGUGACCAUCCAGACCACCCUUGUGACAGCUCCUGUCCUUGCAUUGUGACACAGAAUUUUUGUGAGAAAUUCUGCCAGUGCAAUCCUGACUGCCAGAACCGGUUCCCUGGCUGCCGCUGCAAGACCCAGUGCAACACCAAGCAGUGUCCCUGCUAUCUGGCUGUGCGGGAAUGUGAUCCAGACCUCUGCCUGACCUGUGGGGCCUCAGAGCACUGGGACUCCAAGGUGGUUUCCUGCAAGAACUGCAGCAUCCAGCGGGGCCUAAAGAAGCACUUGCUGCUGGCCCCAUCAGAUGUUGCUGGGUGGGGAACCUUCAUUAAGGAGGCGGUGCAGAAGAAUGAAUUUAUCUCUGAGUACUGCGGGGAGCUCAUCUCUCAAGAUGAGGCUGACCGGCGUGGCAAAGUCUAUGACAAGUACAUGUCCAGCUUCCUCUUCAACCUCAAUAAUGAUUUCGUUGUUGAUGCCACUCGUAAAGGCAACAAAAUCCGCUUUGCAAACCACUCCGUCAAUCCCAACUGUUACGCCAAAGUGGUGAUGGUGAAUGGAGAUCACCGCAUUGGGAUCUUUGCAAAGAGAGCAAUCCAGGCUGGCGAAGAGCUCUUUUUUGAUUACAGGUAUAGCCAAGCAGAUGCCCUCAAGUAUGUUGGCAUAGAAAGAGAAACUGACAUCAUCUGACUGAAAUUACUGGCCCCCAGUGCUCCCAGCCAGUAUCACUGCAUCCUAUCCAUGCUGCUUCCUUUGUUGCUAUGUGUGUUAUGAGAGCUUCAUUCCACCUGGAUUCCUCUGUAGAGAAAGGAAAGGCCCAGCUCUUUCUAUGGACUUGAGACUCUGGUUCCAAGGCCACCUGCCUGGCAGCUAGUGGUGCCAUGGAGAAUUCUGCUGAAUCACUGUUGGGAGGCCCUGAAAAAGCAAAGUGGUUUAAGACCACUAUGUAUACUGGGGCUUGCUAAUCUGUUUGAUUCAUUGGUAAAAAAAUGGUUUGAGCUGAAGAAAGUAUUUCUUUGGUCUGGCUGCAGGCAAAAGUAGAGCAGAGAGCAUCCCAACACAAACAUCACCUGCAGGGAAGAUUGUAAAGUAUUACACAGAGGCUUGGGGGGGAAGGCUGGGAAGAGGGAUAAAAGAAGAGUAUUAAAAGGAUGGAAUGAGUAUUUCUGAUUAGUGUAAGGAAUGAGGUGGAGGGAGGGAAAUGUGCAGGGAGGGUAAAGAAGGAGCAUUAAAAGUAAGACAUGGAAUCUUUUUGCUCCAUUUUGAGUCUUCCACAAAGCGUAAUUAUCCUUUCUGGUGUCUGCUGAAUGUCAGCUUGGCACCUUAAUACAUUUGGAGGACAGUAAGUUGGGAAAGUCAGUUUCAUUUCACUCCCACUUAGAUUUAAUCCCCACUCUUCUCAAUUUCAUGUACAGAAUGUUUUGGAUCCCAGAAGGAACCUGCAUCACUUUUGAUUCCAGUUCUCUUCAUAAAGCUUCUUUCAACCACUGAUGGUGGUGAUGCACUUGUACUGUUUUGAGAAAUUAAUUUUCCUGAUGGGUAACAUUUGCCCCCAGCCUCUAUAAUUCAUUCCCUUCAGUCAGUGACUUGUUACAACACUCUCUAAUCCUCCUCUCCUUCUCUCCUUCCCUCUGUGGAAUAUUGGGCUUCAUACUGAGCACUUCCAGUAAUGAAUAUUAUUUCUCAGUUAGUUGGGGGACUCAUACAUCUCUUCCCUUAAAACAUUAAACAUUUUUGAAGCCACAGGAGAUAUCCUUGAUGCACAUAUGGAAGCAGGACAAUUGGGUGCAUGUGACCCAGGAGAGUACAGUAGAGUCUUUUAAAGACCAAUUAAUUCAUCACCCACUCUGUUCCCCUCCCCACCUAUUUAUGUCCAAACAAUCAAUUAGCAUGCACUUUAGAAUGAUUUGCUCCAUCAAGACAGGGAGCAGGGCUCCCUGUAGAUUAUAGGGAAUGAAAACUGAUUCCAUCUCUACUCCAUGGUGUGGAUUACUGUAGGAGCCAGAAAUUGACUUCCUCAUAAGUUAAUACAUGAGAGCUACAAAUCAGUGAUAAAAACUGGUUUAUUAUACUGAUAAGAGUAUUUGUUGGUGCCAGCAGUAGAUUGGAUCUACUAAAUGGGUAAAUCUCUAAUUUGACACAGUAACAGAAGCCUCAGUCUUGGAGAAGAGAAGAAAGGCAGAAAUGUAGUUUAUGGAACUAGGCAGGGUGUGAGUAGAAUGAGGUAUACAGAAUCAUGAUUAGCUACACAAAUAGCAUUAUUUGGCCUAAGAAGGAUUUUCAGUUGCUUUUGAUCAUGGUAGUUACAUAACUGUAAAAGUGUUAACAUUUCUGCACACAACAUACCUGAAAUAGAUGAAACAGUACUAAAUAGUAUAGUUGAGCAUAUGUAGAGUGCCUUUACUACUGGCUAAUUAUGGCCUGAUCUCUACCAUUAGGGAAAGAGCUUCUGGGAAUCAGUAUACAAAUGUGGGGGAACAUAGUGUUCCACAGCCUCUCUUAGAAAUUAAUCAAAGAAUUCAGUGGCAGCAGCAAGCCCUCCACUACCCUUUUUACUACUGCUUCGCCUUUUCUAGCCGCUUAAUAAUUGUGAGAAAAACGUCUGCUUCACGUACAAGUAGUCUCCGGGUUAAGAACACCCAAUUUACAGAUGACUCAUAGUUAAGAAUGGAGCCUAUUGUAGCAAAUUCUAGUU